AUGAGUUUGAGCCACGUGGAGAAUAUGCCUUUAGGCCAUUCAAGUCCUCAAGGAGCACAGAGACCAUCCUGGAAGAAAUGGCUACUCUACUCAACAAUAGUUAUUUUGCUAUUACUUUGCUCCUUCAGUACACAAAUCUUUACUUUUCUUCCACUCAAGACUGCCAGUGGGCCCUGUAUAGCGAAGUUUGGACCAUUACCUUCAAAAUGGCAAAUGCCCUCUCCUGAGCCUUCUUGUGUGAAUAAGACAGCUGACUGGAGGCUGAAAAUACUUCAGAAUCGUUUGUAUUUAAUUUACGGCCAAGUGGCUCCCAAUAGAGCCUACAAGGGGCGAGCUCCUUUUGAGGUGCUGCUAUGUAAGAAUGAAGACCCCAUACAAGCUCUAACGAACAACUCUACAAUUCAGAAAGUAGGAUUAUUACAUCUCCAUGCUGGAGAUGUAAUAGACUUGAUAUUCAACACUGAACAUCAGGUUCUAAAAAAUAACACAUACUGGGGGAUCUUUUUGCUAGCAAAUCCCUAG